AUGGCGUAUCCGUACAUCGACACGCCGCGCACCGAAGUCGACGGAAACGCGACUUACUUGACCGGCUAUCGCAGCGUGGGACGACCCAAUUUGACGGCACUCGACUCAGUGGAAAAUUCGUUUGCUACGCCUUCCAAGGAUGAUGACCUUCUUAAAGGUCUUGGUGACGGUCGAAGGCGGACUUCCGGGAGUUUCAAGACUCAUACGCCGCGUGCAGGCGCAGCUUCCAAAUCGACAAGAAGCGCGUUAAAUAGUCGACAUCAGCUUCCUACCGCAGCGCCUCCAAAGGGUGAAUUCACGCCUCUUAUGAGGAGUGCCACGAAGAACAAUUAUUUGCGAAAUAUGUCUACGACGCGCGGACCGAAGACCCCAGGACAUAUAGGCAGGAGUUAUUUGAGCAAUGGCAACACGCCGGGCUUGCCUGGAAUGGAAAUGACCGAUAUUGAUGAGGAGGACGCGACUGACGAUCAGCCCACUCCUAUCCCGCAGGUUGCAAGCAGCAGCGUGCAGAGCACACCGCUUCCAGGGUUGUCAAGGAACGGUGGUGUCCUUAAUGAGGGAAAUAACAUGACAUUGAAGGAACAGGAGAAGAUGAUCGAUCAAUUAGACAAGGAUAAUUUCGGUCUUAAAUUGAAGAUUCACUUCUUGCAGGAGCAACUGGAAAAGGCCGGACCCGCUUACAACCAAGCAGCACUCAAGGAAAACACAGAGCUAAAGGUCUCGAAAUUAACGAUGCAACGCGACAUCUCACGCUACAAGAAGAGCCUUCAGCAGGCUGAACGCGACCUCGAAUCGUACCGCAUACAAUUUCAGGAGCUCAGGGAGAAAGCGCGGGGAAGACCGACCGACGAUACGAUACAGCGCGAAAUGGAUUUGAUGCGGGAAGAGAUUGAAUCGAGAGACAACCAAAUCAGGGAGCUCCAGGAGGAUUUGAGGGACGCCAAGGACAGCCAAUCUCAAGAAAUGGAGAAACUCCGUGACGAAGUCGAAGACCUCGAGGCGUCGGUACGAGAGCGGGAUCGGGCUAUCGAGGAACGCGACGAAGAGAUCGAGGAAUUGAAGGACAGAGACGGCAAGGAACGCGAUGCACUCACUGAGCUGGAAUCAGAACUGCAACGUGCGAAGGAGCAGAUG